AUGCCGCGAGAUCGGGAUCGUGGGAGAGACCCAGACACAGACCGAGAACGAGAACGAGAUCCCAAUCGAGAACGACGACACCGCGCCCGUGACCACGAACACACACGCAGACACUCAAAAUCCGCGGGCAUCGACCCCGAUUCCCUCGACCAGCCUCCCAACCCAGAGCGCGAGCGAGAACGCCGACGCCGACGCCCCCACCGCGCAACAGACUCCCAAGGCGAACUCCUGCCGCGCGCCGCACCACCUGCCCGGCAUUCCCGGCACCAGUACCAAAGCGAAUCUGAGCGGGAGUCGCCAUCGCCCCGGAAAAAGAGGCAUUCAACCCCCGGGGAGAGCACGAGUCGGAGUCGCGACAGCGCGGCACCGCUAAGUCUUGAUGCACUUGCGAAGCUCGACAAACACAACCAGAAGAAAGCAGGGUGGAGGGGACACGACUACGAUGAGGAAUAUUUGAAAGAAGUUCGGCGGAAGGAGGAGCGACUGGAGAAGGAGCGGGUGAAAGGGGAGAGGCAGGAGAAGAAGCGAGAGAGGGAGAGGUUGCGGGUUGUAGAGAUGGAAGUAGAAGUAGACAAAAGAAGGGAAAAGGAGAGAGAAGAGAAUAAAAGGCGGGCGUAUGAGAGUGAUGUUUUCGCCGAAGAGGAAGCAAGGAGAAGGAAGGAGAAGAGGAGGGAGGAGAGGGAACGCGAGAAGGAGAGGAAGAGGAGUCAGACGGAUGACGAGAAGGAGGAGAGGAGGAGGAGGUACGAGGAGAAAUAUACACCUUCGGAAAGGAUGGAGAGGAAGGAGAAAAGGAGAGAGGAGAAAAGGCAUAGGACGGAGCAGAAGAAGCGGAGAUUGGUUAGUGGGCCGCUGCUAGAGGAAGGGGGGAAUGAGGAGGACUACGAGUAUCAGUAUAUGAUGGAGAAGCGCGGCGGUGCCAGUAGUGCACCUACUGAGUACACAGAUGAAGAGCUGGCGCGGCGGAAGAAGAUCAAGCGGAUACUCAUCGGCGUCCUAGCUGUCCUCCUUGCCCUCGCUAUUAUUAUUCCCGUCGCAGUAAUAGUGUCCAAGAAGCACUCCUCCAACUCCGUGCAAGGUCAAUCCUCCAGCAACUCGCAAAAACCCGCCAACGGAAAUCUAAAUGGAAUAUCUGAGUCUGACAUUCCUGCAUCCGCUAAAGGCGGCAUCCUUGAUCCCUUCGCGUGGUAUGACACGACCGACUUCAAUGUAACUUACACCGCAGCCACCGUCGGUGGGCUCCCGAUCAUGGGACUCAACUCUUCCUGGAACGACGACAUACAAGCCAACGAAAAAGUCCCCAACCUGAAAGACACGUUCGAAUACGGGAAAAUGCCAAUCCGAGGCAUCAACGUCGGCGGCUGGCUAAACUUGGAGCCCUUCAUCACACCCUCCUUUUUCGAAAGCUUCAGCACCAAGGACGGCGUCAUUGACGAAUGGACCUACUGCACCAAACUCGGGUCCACGAAAUGCAAGCAAUCCCUUGAACAACACUACUCCUCGUUCGUGACCGCGAAAACCUUCAUCGAUAUCCGCAACGCUGGCUUCGACCACGUGCGCAUCCCGUUCGGAUACUGGGCAGUGAAAACCUACGACGGAGAUCCCUACGUCUCGCAAAUUUCCUGGCGGUACCUCCUCCGAGGUAUCGAAUACGCGCGACAAAACGGACUACGCGUCAACCUUGACUUACAUGGCGCCCCAGGCUCGCAGAACGGAUGGAACCAUUCCGGGCGUCAGGGGAUAAUCCGCUGGCUCAACGGCACAGACGGAGAUGUAAACGCGCAACGAACCCUUGACAUUCACCACCAACUUAGCGUAUUCUUCGCACAACCCCGCUACAAAAACAUCAUUACGCUCUACGGCAUCGUCAACGAACCCCGCAUGGUCGAUCUCGACACCACUACUGUACUAGCCUGGACAGAAAAAGCCAUAGCACAAAUCCGGGCUGACAACAUCACGGCGAUCCUUGUCUUCGGCGACGGCUUCCUAGGUCUCGACAAAUGGCAAGGGAAAUUGCAAAAGGACGACAAACUCCUGCUAGAUGUCCACCAAUAUGUGAUUUUCAAUACAGACCAGCUAAGUCUGAAACACACCGAUAAAUUAAAUUUCGCGUGCAAGGGUUGGACCGCGCAGAGUAAACGCAGCAUGGAUAAAACGACGGGGUUUGGGCCGACCAUGUGUGGGGAGUGGAGUCAGGCGGAUACAGAUUGCACGCAAUACAUCAACAACGUCGGCAUGGGGACGCGUUGGGAAGGCACCUUGAACACGGGUAAUGUAUCAACCUCCAUCUUAUCCCCCCAAUGCCCGACGAAGAACAACCCCACCUGUAGCUGUUCAUCCGCGAAUACCGACGCAGGAAGCUAUUCCGAUGCGUAUAAGAAAUGGCUGUAUCAGUUUGCGGUUGCGCAGAUGAUUAGUUUUGAGGCAGGUUGGGGCUGGUUUUAUUGGACAUGGGAUACGGAGAAGGCGGUGCAGUGGAGUUGGAAGAAGGGGAUGGCGGCGGGGAUUUUGCCGAAGAAGGUGUGGGAGAGGGACUUUUCGUGUGAUGAUACCCUUGAGGAUUUUGGGAAGUUGGGGUUGCCAGAGUAUUAUUAAGGAGGUGGUUGGUGGAAAGGGUUGUGGGGAGUGCAGGCGUG